UAUUAACCCCUGCGAAGACGCGCAGACGGAGGGUUCGGAUCGUCGGUCCCCGAACGGAAGCCCAAAUCUCGACCGCGUCACCGCCAGAUUCUGUCCUGCCGAUCCGUUUGCCUUUCUCUUCGUUGGUCUCCUUUCGAGUCUCGUUUGCUUCGCAUUCCUACUGUCCGAGCCCGUGGGGUAAGGGCGAGGGAGAUCGUAUCUUGAAAAAAAAAGUAUAUUGGUUUAUAGAUUUGUUUAUGUUGUAAAAGGCGCGUUUUUUUGUGGACGGCAAGUUGGAUUGAAGCUGUAGUUUUUCAAGAAUUGCACUUGUUCGUUUGUAGCGUCUUGAUCUUCUUGUAUUAGGCGUUCUUGUGUACUGGUCUUUGUGAGAGAGUGCGGAUUUUUAGUUCUUGGUUCUUCAUUAAGAGGAUUUUUUUGUUUUUUUUUUUGUUUUUGUUUUGAAGACGAAGGGAGAUGAUAAGGCGGCCUCUCUGUUGGGAGGGGCAAUGACCGGAGUGUCAUUGGGUGUGCGAUCGGGGAGUUAUGGAUCAUUGCAGCAACAAACUCAGAACGGUUCUCUUUUUCUAUCGCAGUUGCAGCCUGUCACAGUCCGCAAGCCUGCCAAAAUGUCACUUUCUGGAUCAAGAGAAAAAGAGAGAAUCUGGGUUAGAAUCUGCAAGUUUGCAGGUAGGAGAAAGGUUGGGAUGCUGCUCUUGCUCGUUGUCUCGGUUGCUGUGUUCUCGUUCAUUUCCCUCUUCAGCAAAGAUGAAGAUGCAUCGGCAAGCUCUAACUCUGGCAUGGGUUUCACCGACCAUGUAUUAAGCUUUGUAAAUCCUAGCAAGCCAACAUCAGAUAUGGACAGGCCUGCCUUUAUUGCUCCAAAGGAAACAAAUUUUGACACCUCUUCAAGUUCAGUUGAUGAAUCUAAAAGACUUGAUUUUCACAAGGGUUUCACAGAUUAUGCCCAGAAUAUUGUAAUUCCUGAAAGGCCAUUAUUGAAUAAUGAUAGGCCUUCCCUUCUUCCUUCUAAAGAACCUAAGGUCGAUACUGCUACCCGUUCUACAGAAAAAUUUGGAAUUAGUCACAACUCAACUCAGCAUUCUGCUAUGAUGCUUCUCUCAACACCUCAUCCUUGUGAAACUUUUUCUCUUCCUCCACCACCAGCAGAUAAGAAGCGCACUGGUCCACGCCCAUGUCCUGUGUGUUAUGUUCCAGUAGAGCAGGCUGUGUUCGUUAUGCCACUGUCACCUUCAGCUUCACCUAUUCUAAAGAAUUUAAGCUAUGUUUUAAAAGAUGAUUUGAUAGCAAAUGAGUCAAACAGUGGUUCGGUAUUUGGAGGGCAUCCAUCAUUACAGGAGAGGACUGAAUCUUUUGAUAUAAAGGAAUCAAUGAGAGUGCACUGUGGAUUUGCCAAGGGAGAGAAACCUGGUCAAGGUACUGGCUUUGACAUAGAUGAAGCUGAUCUUCUUGAGAUGGAGAAAUGCCAUGAUGUUGUUGUAGCCUCUGCUAUUUUUGGGAAUUAUGAUAUAUUGCAACAACCAAAGAAUAUCAGUGAUUUUGCAAAGAAAAAUGCAUGUUUCUAUAUGUUUGUUGAUGAAGAAACUGAAACAUACAUAAAAAAUUCUAGUGGCCUAGUUGAUGUCAAGAGAGUUGGUUUAUGGAAAGUGGUGGUGGUACGAAACCUUCCUUAUGUAGAUGCAAGGCGUAAUGGAAAGGUCCCAAAACUUUUGCUUCAUAGGCUUUUUCCAAAUGCCCGAUUUUCUCUUUGGAUCGAUGGGAAACUUGAGCUUGUUGUGGAUCCCUAUCAAGUUCUUGAGAGAUUCUUGUGGCGGAAGAACUACACUUUUGCAAUUUCCCGGCACUACCGGCGUUUUGAUGUUUUUGAAGAAGCAGAGGCUAACAGAGCUGCUGGAAAGUAUGACAAUGCAUCCAUUGAUUUUCAAAUUGAAUUUUAUAAGAAAGAGGGUUUAACACCUUAUUCUUCAUCCAAGCUUCCAAUAACAAGUGAUGUCCCUGAGGGGUGCGUGAUCAUCAAAGAGCAUAUACCAAUUACCAAUCUAUUCACUUGUCUGUGGUUCAAUGAAGUCGACCGUUUUACUUCUAGGGAUCAAAUCAGUUUUAGUACCGUCAGGGAUAAACUAAUGUCUCAAGUGAAUUGGACAAUUAACAUGUUUCUGGACUGUGAAAGGCGCAAUUUUGUGGUUCAGGCAUACCACAGAGAUUUGUUGGAACAACGGAAAGCACUCAUUGCCUCAGUUUUUCCACCACCUGCAGCAGUAACAAACGAACCACCUUCUAAAACAAUUCCAGAGACCCUACCAAAUGGGAUUGCAAGAGCUACUCCUCCAUCAAGGAAGCUGCCGACUAAGAUUCCCACGAGGCAUGGGAGGGACAAAAGGUCCAGCUCGAGGCAUCAUCAUCCAAAGAUCGACCGCUGGAAAAGAUAGCAGUGCACUGCACCAUGGUGUUUUGCAUAAUUCUUUAUUCAUGCCCUGCGGUAUUCUGUGAGGGGUAUUACAAACAGCGCCAUAGUAUGGCUCCAUUCUUUAACAUAGCAUUUUGUUAAUUCAAUGAGGAACUGUCGAUAGUAAUUCUUUUUUUUCAACUAUAAAUAACUGCUGGAAAAAUAAGUAGCAUGGAUAUGGAUAUAUUGAAGAAUACUUUUGCCCCGGUUUGUUCUUACCUGUGACUGUCAUUUUUGCUCCCCCAA